AUGACCUAUAUAAGGCAAGACAUAGCUUUUGCGAUUGGCAAACUAAGUAGAUUUACAAGUAGCCCGGAUCCCCAUCAUUGCAUGGUGAUAAGGAGAGUAUUAAGAUACUUGUUGCAUACUAAGGAUUAUGGUAUUGCAUAUAGUGGAGAACCUCUUAUUUUGGAAGGUUACUCCGAUGCUAGUUGGAUCACUAAUGAAGAGAAUGAUUCUUCCACUAGUGGUUGGGUGUUUAUUUAUGGGGGAGGUGUCUUCUCAUGGUCCUCUAAGAAACAAACAUGUAUAGCUGAUUCUACUAUGUCAGCAGAAUUCAUAGAUCUUGCCUCAGCAUCAAGUGAAGCUUAG